AUGAGGAAGGAGGUGGUGGUGAUAGCUUCAUUGAGCACAACCUUGGCAGUGGUCGCAGCAGUCGGCUUGAUCAAGAAGUGGAAGAAGAAGAAAGAGAAACAACGUAGGCAAACACGAAACCUCGUUCGUAAAUUCGCAAGGGAAUGUGCCACUCCUGUCAAAACCCUCUGGCUCGUCGCCGACGACUUAGUAUCUAACAUGAAAGCCUCUCUUGCUUCUUCCUCCAUCGAAACCGAAACUCUAAAUAUGAUCAUUUCCUACGCUGCACCGCUCCCUAAUGGAGAAGAGGAAGGUUUCUUCUAUGGGGUUAACAUGAGAGGCACCAACUUCUUGAUCUUGUGUGCUCGUCUCAGAGGAAAGAACAGCCAUGUCUCUGACUUAGACAGAGAAGAAAUCUCCUUCCCUCCUGAUCUCCUGGAUGCAACGAGACAGGAAGUGUUUGAGUUUGUGGCGACAGAGAUAGCGAAAUUUAUUUUGGCACAUCCACAUCCCGAGAAGGAACAUUCUAACGUUCCAAAGAAACUUGGGUUCACUUUGUCUAAGCCGGUCGAUCAAUCUGGUACUACUUUAAACCACUGGAAAACAUUCGCCGCAGAAGACCCAGUUGGGAAAGGGAUGGUGAAUGACUUCAGCCAAGCCUUGAAGAACCAUGGGAUCAACGACAUUGAGAUUUUUGCAAUGGUUGAGGAUACUGUAGGGGGUUUGGCUGGAGGAAGAUACUAUAGCAGAGACAGUGUGGCUGCAGUUACACUGGGAAUGAGCACAAAUGCUGUUUAUGUAGAAGCAGCUCAAGAAGUUCCCAGAUGGGAUCACCAAAAACCUGCAUCAGGCGAGCUGGUAAUUAGCACGGAGUGGAGAAACUUCAAGUCCUCACAUCUGCCACUGACAGAAUUUGAUGAUAGUUUAGACGCGGAAAGCCCUAAUCCCGGUGGUGAGAUGUUCGCCAAGGCUGUUUCGGGUAAGUACCUGGGAGAAAUUGCGAGACGAGUAUUGUUAAAGAUAGCUCAGGAAACAGCUCUAUUUGGAGAUAAAGUACCCCAUAAUCUUACCAUUCCCUACCAGCUGAGAGCACCCGACAUGGGAGCCAUGCAUCAAGACACAUCAGAACAUCGAGAAGUAGUGAUGGAAAAACUGAGAGAUGUUUUCGGGAUAACAGAUUCGAGUGAGAUGGCUCGAGAAGUAGUAGCAGAGGUAUGUGACAUAGUAACAGAACGAGGAGCACGUCUUGCUGCAGCAGGAAUAGUGGGAAUAAUAAAGAAGCUAGAAAGAACACAAAACAGGAGAAGUGUGGUGACAGUGGAAGGUGGUCUCUAUGAACAUUAUCGUAUCUUCCGAAAUUACCUUCACAGUGGUGUCUGGGAAAUGCUGGGAAAUGAUCUUUCUGACAAUGUCAUCAUUGAAACUCCUCACGGAGGUGCUGGCACCGGCGCUCUCUUCCUUGCUGCCGCUCAAACACACCAUUCUUGA